ACACAGAGAGGAGAGCUAGGGAAGUGAUAUUUCAGGAAUCUUAAGAGAUACACAAACGUGUGACUGAGAGGGAGAAGAAGAAAAGAAAGCAUCCCGUUGUUGCACGUGAAGCAUCUGCACAGAAAGAGUGAACAAAUGAAGAAAGGAAGAAAUGACAGAGAGAGAUGUAGUCGGUGCUUCAGCUGCGUGAGCCGUGCCGCAGGGAGCCAUGAGUCCUCCACCUGUGGCUAGGAUGUGAGAUCGAUAGUGUGACAACAAAGGCUGUCAUCGAGCUGCAGCCCCUUCACAUUCCCUGUGCCACCACUGAAAUCAAAGUUACACCAAAAAACAGUCCUCGACAACAAAACGAACAUAAACAUUUCAGUUCCUUAGCUGUCUGAAGCUGCUGUCGGCUGCUGCUAACCAUAUAAUCGCUCUUCAACCAGUUUAGAUUUUAUGAAUGACACUACAGUUGGCAUACACAUACACCUUGAAACUGUUAAUAAUAAGACUUCACAUACAUUUGUGGUCCAAAUGAUUCAUUUCACAUCUUCAUAACAAACUCCUCCUCACCUUGUCUGAAUCAGCUUCAGUGACCUGCGAGGAUUAUGAGGCCGACUUUAGUGUUUUUUUUACAGUCGCAGUGUCUCCUGUGUGUGUUCGUCGGUGUGUGUGUGCCUGGCGCUGUGGGCUCGCUACCUCACGCACUACCAUGGCACGUCUCCUGCCCGGCGCGGUGCAUGUGUCAGAUCAAGCCGUGGUUCUCCCCUGACUCUGUCUACCAUGAAGCUCCCACCGUGGACUGCAACGACCUGCUCCUGACCAAGCUCCCCGUACCCAUACCCCUGAACACACACACCCUGCGCCUGCAGAGUAACCUUCUGUCUGAGCUUAACACCGCCGUGCUGCAUGGCCUCGCCAACCUCACCGACCUUGACCUUUCCCAGAAUCGCUUCACCCGUGCCAGGACAAUAACUCAGAGCUCUUCCCUGCCCUCUCUGCUGUCUCUGCAUCUCGAGGAAAAUCAUCUCAGUCACCUCCCGGUGGCCUCCUUCUCCUCACUGCCAGCUCUGCAGGAACUCUUCCUCAGCCACAACAACUUACACUCCAUAGCACCUGGAGCGUUCACCGGCCUGGACUCCCUGCUGCGUCUGCAUAUCAACAACAACAGGCUCAUCACUGUCGAUCCUCGCUGGUUCAGGGCUUUGCCUCGCUUGGAAGUCCUCAUGCUCGGCGGAAACCCUGUGGAGGCCCUGCCUGAGCGUGGCUUCCUGGCCCUGAAAUCCCUCCGGAGUCUUGUCCUUGGUAGUAUGGGUCUGAGAGGGUUGGCUGAAAAAGCACUGGAAGGGCUGGAGGGCCUAGAGAGCCUCUCCUUCUAUGACAACCUGCUGACAAAAGUCCCCACUCAGGCCCUGAUGAGAGUCCCAGGCCUGAAGUUCCUCGACCUCAACAAGAAUCGCAUCAAACUCAUCGAGACAGGUAACUUCCGAGACAUGGUCCACCUGAAGGAACUUGGCCUCAACAACAUGGAGGAGCUGGUGUCCAUCGAGAAAGCCGCCCUGGAGAACCUCCCAGAGCUCACCAAGCUUGAGAUCACCAACAACCCGCGACUUUCCUACAUUCAUCCACAGGCUUUCCUCCAGCUGAGCAGGCUGGAGAGUCUGAUGCUCAACUCCAACUCUCUGAGCGCACUGCACCAGCACAUCAUGCUCUCCCUGCCGAGCCUCCAGGAGGUCAGCUUACACUCCAACCCACUGCGAUGUGACUGCCUGUUUCACUGGGCCGCUGCGGAGACCUUGCACCCUCACACUGAAUACACACAAGCAGAAAAGCAAGCACCUCGCAUGGUGCGUUUCAUCCAACCCCAGGCCACGCUGUGCUCCGAACCCCCAGAGCUGAGAGCUCGCAGGGUGAGGGAGGUAUCCUCCAGGGAAAUGUCGGCUUCAUGCCUCCCCAUGAUCCCUUCCAGCUCCCUCCCGUCCUACAUUGGGGUAAGAGAAGGAGGAAAACUUGUCUUGCACUGCCGAGCUCUUGCCGAUCCACAGCCUGAGCUGUACUGGGUGACUCCCUCUGGGCUGAGACUUGGACCUGCACCGAGCAAUGCAUCCAGAGGUUUACGAGGUCCCUGCCACAGCCUGACAGCCGCUGACACCUCCGCCCCCAGCGUCUCUCCCAGCCAGCCUCAAGAUGAUAUUCCCUGUAACCUCUCCAAACACUUCAGGCUGCUGCCUGAGGGAACUCUGGAGUUGAACAAGGUCACCCCCAGCGAGGCAGGAUUGUAUACGUGCGUAGCUGAGAAUGCACUGGGAGCAGAUACGCGCAGUGUUACUGUUGGUGUGCAUGGCAGAGAAAAGAAAAGGAAGAAAGGGACGGCUGCUGAUAUGAAGGGGUAUCAGUUAUUCAGAGCGGAUGCGAGGUUGGAGGUGAGGGAGGUCGGACAACACUAUGCUAUCCUGUCCUGGCAGAACGGGCGCAACCUCCCUUCGACUCGUCUAUCCUGGCAGGCCAUUUACUCAAACGCACACACUCCUACCUACACCACACGCAUCUUGGCUGGCACUCAAAGCUUCAACCUGACCCACCUGCAGGCAGAGACAUUUUACCGCGUGUGUCUACAUUUAGGGAUCAGCGAGGGCGCCAGGCAUGCCAUCAGGAGAGAGAGAGAGAGCAGAAAGCCUCAUUGUGUUUCAUUCAGGACCAAGGAUGUCCCGGAGCCUCCGCCCAGCUUGCAGCUCAGCCCAGAGCUGACCUCCACAGCAGUCACACUUCUGCUCCUCGCACUCAUACUGCUGCUGCUGGCAGGCCAGGGUUGGGACAAUGAGCCCGGCGAGGGAGCAGAAAAGCACCACAGCACCGUCAUCCAGGAGAUCAAAACUCCUAAGGCUCUGAUCAUCAAUCAAAAGACAGAAGGGAGCAACACACAUUAGCCCAAACGGAGUGAGAAACUGCUUUUGCAACAGGACUGCUGAGAUUAAUAUGUUUGUGCACAUUUGAAUCCACAAAACUGAUACACACACGCGCAUACAAAAAGUCAAAUAUACACUUUGUGAAUCACAGCUAGAAGAGAGGAAUCAUAGAUCAGAGCAGUGGUGUUGAAAGAGAUUUGUAUUUAUUUUAUAUACAGUAUAAAGUAUAUAUUGACAUUGUUUCUGUGUUAAGAUGUAUUGUAAAGAAUGCCUAAACCCUAACUAGGGAAAUAAAAAUGGACAAUCAUACUCCUGCAGCACAGUGAGUGAACACAGGAGAAACAAAUGAGUCUGAGCUACCGAUGACCACUGGACUGAAACUAAAGACAACCUAAUUCAAUCCAGGGAGGGAUGGAUGUUUGCAGAGGAUAGCGGCUCAGACCUCCGGGGUAUCUGUCAUGUUUCUGUCUACAUGUUCCACAGACUGAACUAUUCUUUCUCCCAGCAGAUGAAACUCUGUCUUGGGACUGAUGCUGAAUUAAAUUCCUGCAUUGAUGUAAACAACCCUUUUGCUUAGCUUUCAGUACCUUGGACUGGGUUGUCCAUCUUGCAGUACAUAUACAGUAUUACCCGCCUAACAUCCCACAUCCUCUUUCAGCAUAAAAGUGAUCGAAAAGUAAUUGUGUCAAAUUCUAUUUUGAGCUAUUAUACAAUAAAAUCUUUUACUGUC